UGGAUCUCUGUGGUCAUUCAUGGUGUCCUUUUUGCAGUUUGCAGUGAGUUUCUUCUCCUAACACUGGCUACAUUUUAUACUAAACUUCAUGUGGAAGAACCUGUAAGCAAGAGUAACCAGAGUAACAUAAAUAACUUCACAUGACAAUACAGCGAGGAAAUUUGUAUAAACUUUUAUAGAAUAUGAUUUUGUAACGUUAUAAGAAAAUGUUUUCGAUAUGUAAAAGUACCCACCCGGCUACGGGAGUGGAACAUGCGAUAACGUGCUAUUUCUUUAAUCGUACGGAAAAAUGUCUCGUGGUAGCCGGCGCAAAUAUUAUCCGAGUGUUUCGUUUAAUUCCCGAUGUGGAUAUAACAAAGAAAGAGAAGUACACAGAGUCACGCCCACCGAAGAUGAAGUUGGAAUGUUUGUCCCAGUACACUUUACAUGGGAACGUGAUGUCCAUGCAAGCUGUAACUCUUAUUGGAUCCCAAAGAGAUUCUCUCUUAUUGAGUUUCCGUGAUGCAAAGUUAUCAGUUGUAGAAUAUGAGCAAGAUACUCAUGAUCUUAGAACAGUAUCCUUGCAUUACUUCGAAGAAGAAGAAAUACGGGAUGGAUGGACGAAUCAUCACCAUAUUCCUAUAGUUAGAGUAGAUCCUGAAGGCAGGUGUGCAGUAAUGUUAAUAUACGGUAGAAAAUUAGUGGUACUGCCUUUUAAAAAGGAUCCGAGCCUCGAUGAUGGUGAUCUAUUAGAUAAUGCAAAAGUAUCAUCUAGUAAAACUCCUAUAUUAUCAUCGUAUAUGAUCGUGUUAAAGAGUUUGGAAGAGAAAAUGGACAAUGUAAUAGACUUACAAUUUUUACAUGGUUACUACGAACCGACGUUGCUAAUAUUAUAUGAACCAGUGAGAACGUUCUCUGGACGAAUUGCAGUUAGGCAAGACACUUGUGCCAUGGUUGCAAUAUCAUUAAAUAUUCAGCAGAGAGUACAUCCUAUAAUUUGGUCUGUAUCAAACUUGCCGUUUGAUUGCUAUCAAGCAGUACCAGUGAAGAAACCACUUGGUGGAACUUUAAUCAUGGCAGUUAAUUCUCUCAUUUAUUUGAAUCAGAGCAUACCACCUUACGGAGUAUCGUUAAAUAGUUUAGCGGAAACCAGUACGAAUUUUCCAUUAAAGCCGCAAGAAGGAGUGAAAAUAAGUUUAGAGGGUUCUCAGGUUGCAUUUAUAUCUUCGGAUCGUUUAGUAAUUUCAUUAAAAAGUGGAGAGUUGUAUGUAUUGUCUCUGUUUGCGGACAGUAUGCGUUCAGUGAGAGGUUUUCACUUUGACAAAGCUGCAGCGAGUGUCUUAACAUCAUGUGUAUGCAUGUGCGAGGAUAAUUAUUUGUUUCUCGGUUCGCGUCUCGGUAACUCACUGUUGCUAAGAUUUACCGAGAAGGAACCGGAGAAUUUACAAAAUACAAAUGACAACGAGAUAAUUCUCGAAGAAAACGAAACCGAAGAAAUUCCAGCGAAAAAGAUGAAACAAGAUUUUAUAGGAGAUUGGAUGGCGUCUGAUGUGUUGGACAUAAAAGACCCAGAAGAGCUAGAAGUAUACGGAAGUGAAACGCAUACAUCGAUCCAAAUUACAUCGUACAUAUUCGAGGUAUGUGACAGUUUAUUGAAUAUUGGACCGUGCGGUAACAUAUCUAUGGGUGAACCAGCUUUUCUGUCGGAAGAAUUCUCACAUAAUCAGGAUCCUGACGUUGAACUUGUUACAACUUCUGGAUAUGGUAAAAACGGUGCGCUCUGUGUUCUUCAGCGUUGUAUCCGGCCUCAAGUUGUAACUACGUUCGAACUACCAGGAUGUGAAGAUAUGUGGACGGUAAUUGGUACGUUAAAUAACGAUGAACAAAUAAGGCCUGAAGCGGAAGGAAGUCAUGCCUUCCUGAUUUUAAGUCAAGAAGAUUCAACAAUGAUCUUACAAACCGGUCAAGAAAUCAACGAAGUGGAUCAAAGCGGUUUUAGUACACAAGGAAGUACAGUGUUUGCUGGGAAUCUUGGUGCGAACAGAUAUAUCGUUCAGGUCACACAAAUGGGCGUACGCCUCUUACAAGGAAUUGAACAGAUUCAACACAUGCCCAUUGAUCUCGGAUGUCCAAUUGUCCAUGCCAGUUGCGCAGAUCCUUACGUGACGUUACUUUCCGAGGAUGGUCAAGUUAUGUUACUGACCCUUAGAGAAGGACGUGGAGCUACGAGGUUGCAUGCUCAAACGGCGAAUUUACUAUUCCGGCCUCAAAUAGAAGCGCUAUGUGCUUACAGAGAUGUUAGCGGAAUAUUCACGACUCAGUUACCUGAGAACAUAGAAGAUGAAGUUCCUGAAGAGGAACUUAACGUAGAAGAACCACCGAUUGUUGCCAAUAUCGAUAACGAGGAUGAUCUAUUAUACGGCGAUGCACCAGCUUUUCAAAUGCCUGUGCCUUCGCAGACUAAAUCCACCGAAGGAAUGUCUAAAAAAGCUCCUUGGUGGCAGAAACAUUUACAAGAAAUAAAACCAACAUAUUGGUUAUUGGUGUACAGAGACAGCGGAACGUUAGAAAUUUAUUCUCUUCCCGAUUUACGCUUAUCCUAUCUUAUCCGCAAUUUUGGAUUCGGGCAAUAUGUAUUACACGACAGUAUGGAAUCUACUACCCUGCAAACAACGCCUGUCAAUGAAAUUCCCAAUCCUGAAAUGCAGGUACGUGAGAUUUUGAUGGUGGCGUUGGGUCACCAUGGAAACAGACCCAUGCUUCUGGUACGACUCGACAACGAACUUCAAAUUUAUCAAGCGUACAAGUAUCCGAAGGGUCAUUUGAAAUUAAGAUUUAAAAAAUUAGACCAUGGCAUAAUACCAGGAAAUAUAAGACUAAAGACGAAAGACGAGGACAUGGCGACGAUGAGCGAAACUCGGCAUUGCAUGAUGCGUUACUUCAGUAACAUCGCUGGAUACAAUGGUGUAUUUAUUUGCAGCGACUAUCCUCAUUGGAUAUUUCUCACAGGACGCGGCGAACUACGUACCCAUCCGAUGGGUAUCGACGGUCCCGUUACUUCAUUCGCACCUUUUAAUAAUAUAAAUUGUCCCCAAGGUUUUCUGUACUUCAAUAGGAAGGAGGAAUUGAGGAUAUGCGUUUUACCGACUCAUUUAUCGUACGAUGCGCCAUGGCCUGUUAGAAAAGUGCCGUUACGGUGUACCCCUCAUUUUGUAACAUAUCAUUUAGAAAGUAAAACUUAUUGUGUUAUAACGAGUAUAGCUGAACCAUUAAAAAGUUACUACAGAUUUAAUGGCGAGGAUAAGGAGUUCACGGAGGAAGAACGAUCAGACAGAUUUAUUUACCCUUCUCAGGAACAAUUCUCUAUAGUAUUGUUCUCGCCUGUAUCAUGGGAAACUAUUCCCAACACUAAAAUCGAACUCGAUCAGUGGGAACACGUUACUUGUUUAAAGAACGUUUCUUUGGCGUAUGAAGGCACACGGUCCGGUUUAAAGGGCUACAUAGUAUUGGGAACGAACUACAACUAUGGUGAAGAUAUUACGAGUAGAGGACGGAUUCUUAUAUUUGAUAUAAUCGAAGUUGUACCUGAACCUGGUCAACCGUUAACUAAAAAUAGGUUCAAACAAAUUUAUGCGAAGGAGCAAAAAGGUCCGAUAACUGCCAUCACGCAAGUGUCCGGUUUCCUGGUCUCGGCAGUUGGUCAAAAAAUUUAUAUUUGGCAAUUGAAGGAUAACGAUUUGGUUGGAGUUGCUUUCAUAGACACGCAGAUUUACAUUCACCAGAUGUUGAGCAUCAAAAGCUUAAUCUUAAUAGCUGAUGUAUAUAAAUCUAUUAGUUUGUUAAGGUUUCAAGAAGAAUAUAGAACCUUGUCACUCGUCAGUAGAGAUUUCAGGCCUGCGGAAGUUUAUACUAUCGAGUAUUUAAUUGACAAUUCUAAUUUAGGAUUUGUCGUGGCGGAUGGCGAAAGUAAUAUAGCUUUAUUUAUGUAUCAACCAGAGUCGCGAGAAAGUCUAGGGGGACAAAAGUUAAUCAGAAAAGCCGAUUUCCAUUUAGGGCAAAAAGUAAAUACAUUUUUCCGUAUAAAGUGCAGAGUUACAGAUCCUGCAAAUAGCAAAAAGUAUUUCUCCGGAGCAGAUAAGAGGCACGUUACCAUGUACGCAUCGCUCGACGGUAGUCUUGGCUAUGUUCUACCCGUACCAGAAAAGACGUACAGAAGAUUGCUUAUGUUACAAAAUGUUUUAGUGACGCAUAUUUGCCACAUCGCUGGUUUAAAUCCCAAAGCGUAUCGCACUUACAAAAGCCACGUUCGGACUCAGGGCAAUCCUGCGAGAGGUAUCAUUGACGGUGAUUUAGUUUGGCGGUACCCCUAUUUACCUAACAAUGAGAAACUGGACAUAGCAAAGAAAAUUGGGACUCGUGUACAGGAAAUAAUAGAAGACCUUACUGAGAUAGAUCGUCAAACAGCACACUUUUAAGAACAUUCCAUGCGAGGAAUCCGUUAUGUAUAAAUAUAUUCGUCUCUUAGGUAGAGAAUAUUGAAUUUAUAGAAUGCUAUUUCUAUUUUACAAAGAUUUAUAUUUUUUGACAAUGAGAGAUAUGUAUCCGAGAACUUGUGUAUGAAACAUAUGAACAUAGUUGGAAGUGGAUAAUAGUAAUCAAGAAUCAUACGAGUAAUUAAUGUAUAUGUAAUCAGUGUACGUGUAUUGAACACGAUGAAUUUUGUACAGUUGAAAAAUAUUAUUAUAUUUAUAAUUUGCUAAA